ACUAGAUUUCCCGCCAAAAGCAUUUCCUUAGAUUUUGAAAUUCCCCUACUAUACUAUUGUAGAUAGAGCAGCGGUUCUAGAGAGAGGCAGAUGGAUACCAAGGAAGCUGGUUCUUCUCUCGAUUCCUUGAUAUCUUCCUUCAACACUCGAAUUGCGGAGCUACAAGAGCUGGUCAUCGGACGGAAUAUGUACCCGGCCAGCAGCAUCUCCGAUUUAUCGGCGGUUGACACGGCAGUCAAGGCGAUGGAGCUGCAGGUACAGGCGAUUAAGGAUCGGCUGCGUGAGGAGACUGAGGCUAUCCCCAAAGCUAAGAAACUUAUCAAAGCAUCCUUGAGGCAGCAGAAGAAAUUGCAUAGUAUGUCUGUUUACAUGCCGUCUCAUUUACCUGAAAGAGUGGGAAUCUUGAAUUCAGAUAUUAAUAGAAGUUUUCUGGAAGAAACCUUUAAACACCAGGAACAACAUUCUGGAUUAGUCUCUACGAAACUUGAGGAAGAACCUGCUGCACGACCCAAGGAGAAAAAAGGUCGUGCCUCUCUGCCUUUAUGGUACAUUACCACCAAGGAGCUGGAUUCUUUGUCCUCGUACAUGAGAGGUCGGCUUAUGCUGGAGAAGGUCAAUGCAGCUAUAAAUGACAUGGCAACAUAUGCGGAAGCUAAUGCUCAGCUCAUCUCAGCCCCAAAGAAGAAGCUGGCAGAGAAUCUGUGGGAAAGAGCACUGGAACUCCGUGAUAUAGCAACAGCAGAAUCAGUUAAGGGGAAACAUUUUUUUCUUGAGACAGACAUGAAAGGGCCAGUGCUAAAGCUUGACAAUACUGGAAAAUCAAUCCUCACAGUACUUCGUCACCUUGGUCGCAUAAGUGAGACUCGUAUUGGACAUAACCGUGUCAUAAUGCUUCUGAAGCCCCUGUGAAUUACCCUGCUUUCCCAGAUAAGCUAUGGUACGAGCAAUGUUGCAUCAACGAGAUAAGCAGUCGCCAUUCUACAGCAGGAGCAGAAAAAAAAAUUUAGGUAAGCUGCGCCCAUUGAGAAAAUAAAGAAAACAGAACUAAGAAUAUAUCCAGUUAAGUGCAUCAUAUCAAUCAAUGGCAGAGACUUGUGAUGAUUGCCCUUAGACUUAAAGGAUCCAGAACAACAUAUACUCACUGAUUUCUUGGCAGAAAAAUUACUUUUAACUUACAUGAAUUUCCUUGCUGUAUACAUUUUAUUUUAUCGCCUAAUGUUUUAGUGAAAAAAAAAUCAUUAAUCUUGAGUUUGUCCCAGGGAGAUGG